AUGCUGAGCUAUCAGACUGGAGCUAAUGAGACACCUAUUCGUCCUCCUUGGAGACGGGACGUGUGUCAAUCUGCAGGUCUUUUCUUCGAGCCUUUAUGGAUUAAUCUGUUUGAGUUUUUCAUAAAGAUUUGCUUUAAUUUUUUUUUACCUUCUGUAUCUCAUUUCUCUUCUUUUUCCAUCUUCCCUUUUUCCCUAUCCGUGUUUCUCCUCUUCUCCUGCGGCAGGAUCUCCGCAGAGCACUCGCCCAAGCUGCAGAUCCGAAGUCACAGCUACCUGCGGGCGGUGAGCGAGGUUUCCAUCAAUAGGAGUCUGGACAGCUUGGACCCGGUGGGGUUGCUGGCCUCGCCUAAAUUCCGCUCCCGAAACGAGAGCUACAUGAGAGCUAUGAGCACCAUCAGCCAGGUGAGCGAGGUGGAGGUAAAUGGACAGAUUGAGGCGGUGUGCGAGUCUGUCUUCAGUGAGAUGGAGUCCCAGGUGGUGGAUGCCCUGGACCUGCCCAUGUCGGGCUGCUUCCGCAUGCGCAGCCACAGCUACGUACGUGCUAUAGAGAAAGGCUGCUCACAGGAAGAGGAGGAGGGUGGCGUCACAGCGGGCAUCAGGAGGAGCGACUCUCCCCCGCGCACUGCCACCACCGUCCGAACCAUCCAGAGCAACACAGUGUCCUCAUGCAUCACCACAUACAAAAAGACACCACCCCCAAUCCCACCAAGGACCACCCCUUCCAAACCGUUCAUAUCCAUAACGGCCCAAAGUAGUACCGAGUCCGCCCAGGAUGCCUACAUGGACGGUGGCUCCGGCCAGCGAACAGGCAUCAGCUCCCAACCAGGACUAUCCAACUCCACAGAAAGCAUCGACAGCAUGAAGGCUCUGACGGCGGCCAUAGAGGCGGCUAACGCUCAGGUGCAUGGCCCCGCCAGCCAGCAUGUCACCAACAGCACCAUCACCUUCACUGCCACCGCCACCACCUCUACCGUCGCACAAGUCACCCCUGAGAACAAGACAGAGAGUGACGUGCUCCGCAAGUGCCUCUCCAUCGGGAUUCAGGUGGACCCAGAGGAAGGAGAGCCAACAGAGGAAGCGUCUAAAUUCCAGUCCGUAGGAAUUCAGGUGGAAGAUGAGAGAAGUUACCGCAGGAUGACCCGGUCCAAUAGUGUCACCACAGCUGUACAGGCAGACCUGGACGACCCCGCGAACAUCCCGGAGCUGCCGCCGCGCCAAUAUGCCACCAUGCCACGCCAGCACUCCCGCGACGCCGCCACCUCCACGGUCAGCAUCCAGGGAUCAGGGAACCACUACCACGCCUGUGCUGGAGACGAAUUCGGAGAGGUGGGCUUUGACCCGUCCAUCCUACCACCUCCGGACCCAUGGAUGGACAGCGCACCUGAGCCAGAGUUGGACGCUCUGGAAGCCGUCAGCCGAUCCGUGUGCCCUCGUGACGGACGCUGGUUCCUCAAGCUGCUGCAAGCUGAAACUGAACGCAUGGACGGCUGGUGCAGACAGAUGGAGCAGGAUGAGAUGGAGAAUGAGCUGCCUGAUGAGAUCCUGGGGAAGAUCCGCAGUGCAGUGGGGAGCGCCCAGCUGCUGAUGUCCCAGAAGUUCCAGCAGUUCCGAGAGCUGUGUGAGGAGAAUCUGAACCCAAAUGCGCACCCACGGCCCAUCUCCCAGGACCUGGCUGGUUUCUGGGACAUGCUCCAGCUGUCCAUCGAGAACAUUAGCCUGAAGUUUGAUGAACUCCACCAACUCAAAGCCAACAACUGGAAACCUCUGACUCCCCCAGAGAUUCAGGAGAGAAGGAUGCCCCCUCCUGUCCCAAAGAAGCCCCUGAAGGGCCACCCACUUCUGGCUAGGGACCGCUCUCUGGAGAGCUCUGAGCGCCAGCGUCUGGAGGCUCGCAAACGCCUGCUAGCUGCCAAACGGGCCGCGUCAGUGCGGCAGAGCUCUGCUACCGAAAAUGCAGACAGUAUCGAGAUCUAUAUUCCCGAGGCACAGACCAGACUCUGAACAUAAACACGUGUUCUCCAUAAACACAGUAAUAGCACUGAUCUAUGAGGCUAGGGUGCUAACAGAAUCGUCUUUUUUGCUCAUCACUGUGGGAUAAUCCACCCUUGAUGCUGUCUGAAAAAGUAAUGUACCCUACAGUAUUUAUUUAGUUAUUUAUAUCCCAAUUUCCUUCUCUCAGCAUUAAUGUAGCAAACCCUGAUUCUCUUUGUACAUCCGCCGGUUCUUCUCUCCUAAAAGUAUAGCUAACAAACCAUGGUGUAAGUGACUUAAUGUAAGGAAAUCAGGAUUUAGUCCUAAACGAAAUAAAAAAUUAGGUCAAACGUUACAGCAAAGGGGUUAAAACUGCUGUUUCAGUCUUGUCUGUUGCAACUUCAGGAGUCCGACCCUACAGGGAAGGGUUUUCUUGUGAGGCAGAGAGGAAAACGUUGGCCUCUGCCAAGAACGAAAAUCGCUGAACAGAUCCCUGUUUGAAGGAGCCACAAACUUAAUCCGUGUGUGUGUGUGUGUGAGCGUGAACAGAGUGUGUGUCUUCAUCCAGAUUUCAAAAGUGCUUCCUAUUUUUCUAGAGACUCCAAGGGUCUUGGAGGUAACUGACCAUUAAAAGUAGCAGUAUACACAAACUGUAAACAAACCAGCCAUCCCGACUCAUUUUAAACAUGUUUGUAUAAAGGACAUAGAGUAGAGACACGACUCCCAUGCUGACACUUAUUUUUGUGCUUUUUAACACCUAACCAGUGUUGUGUUCACACUCAUCUGUAACAGACUAAGCUAAAAUACUGAUAUUUGGUACAAUAACGUAGUUGUAUUCUAUUUUAUUAUGUCUUUUUUAGCCAAGAAGGGUUUCUUGGUAGUACUGAGACUACAAAACCAAGAAAAGGAACUAUUUCUCCUCCUCACUGUGUGUGCACUAUUUCUGCCUCCAAAUCAAGCAAUUACUGAAGGUCAUCCAGAAAAGAAAGUCCUCUUUCUAAUAUUUUGUAUUUUUAUUUAUUUUUGAUUUGGGAGAGAAAUGACUGUUUAUUGACAUUGUGAUUAUUAUUAUGAUAUAAUUAUUAUUAUUAUGCACUGAUAAUAAGGCCCUUAAACUGUGUCUGUGUUUUUAUUUAUGGGUUCCUCUGCAUGACAGGCAACCUUUGAUUUAUCUUGUCUGUUUCAGUGAUCAGCCUUAAUUUCAAAUGCGAUAGUCGAGCACAACAGCAGUCUCAGGGGAAGAGGCAUGUUGAGUGUGUGUUUAUGUGAGAAUGUGUGAUUUCAUGUGUUUGUGUGUGUGUGUGUGAGACCCACAGCUUUGUGUCUUGUUGUAUAUAAUCCCUGGCAUCAGGAUAGGCCAUGAUUAUUAAUGAUAAAAACCACCUUUCUAACUUUCUUCAGUGUAACAAGGUAUUUCUGUCAGCUGCUUGAAUGUGGAGACAAUCCUGAUUUAAUCUUAUUUAUGCCCACGUUAGUUGUCGAUAACAAAGUAGCAGGAAUUUUGGUGCGUAGUUGUGUUCUCGGUUAAAAUCCGAUAAAGUUUGUGCCAUGCGAUGGGCAAAGAUGUGAAUGUCCUGCUGUUUGUCCUCCUUAAAUAGCUAACUGACAUUUUCCAAGAGCUUAAGAGGGAAGUUAUGAUGUACGUUUUGUAUUUUAUUGAAAUUUUAGAAGAUUUAUAUAAAAAGCUAUGUAACUUGAUGCCAUUCUAUGUCGAUGGUGUGCAUUUUUACUUUGAAACUUCACUCAAUUGUCUGUAUUGAUUCCUUAUUUAUGUUUAUUAUAUUAACAUAUCAAUAUGAUACUCCUAAUAUAGCAGGGAGUUAGAAGCCAGAAUGUGGAAUUCUGAUGCUUGUGAUGUAGUUACACUUAAAGAGGAAAAACACUCAAAUAUUUGUACAUAAAUGAAUGUUUCCCUAUGUAAAUGUAAACUGAAACACAGACGGCAUAUUAAGCAGAUAUACAUUUUGUAAUUAACGUUAUUACACAGUUGAUGUUACGGCACGUGUAUGAGCUCUUAUCAGCAUUAAAAAAAGGAAAAUUGCCAUUUA